AUGGAGUUCCCCAACUGCCAAAUGCUUCUUGCUAGCUUUCUGUUGUCCAGUGUGAUAUACUGGAACGCGUACUUUAUCGUCGAUUACCUCCUCAGGAAGCUCGCACCAAAUGCCUAUCGCCGGUUGGAAGAAGACGAGCUUCGUAAGCUUGUUCCUCUGAUAUUCGCGAUCCUUCGGGCAUUCUUUGGCCUCACAGUUACCUUUCCAUCAUGUAUCGUCGCUGCCGCGACAACACCAUGGGGCGUCGAUCGACCCCUGAACUCUCAUGGUCAAUUCUGCGUGGUAUCUCAAGCCGCUGGAUGGGCCAACGAACUGGCUCUGAUACGAUUCUACUCUUUUGAACUCUUCGUCCAUCACAUUGUCUGCCUCCUUGUCACGUCGAACGUUAUCUUCUCUCCAGCGGUACACCAAAUCAAGCCUUUGUACAUCUACUAUGCAUCACUGGUUGGAGAUGUUGGACCAGUCUCUGUGACCAUCCUCCGAUUACUCGGUUACCGCUUACAAACAUCCAAGCCAAUGUACUGGAUUUCUCUUGCGUCGACCAUGGUCUUGAUAUUUGGUCGUAUCGGGUGCGCUCUUUACACUCUCACCCAGGUCAUGACAGACCCGUAUAACUUCACUGACUGGGCGUGGGUUCUAUCAGUUCUACUCUUUGGCUCCUACUCGAUCUACAAUGCGAUCCGUAACUUGCAGCGACUCGGAAUCAUCAAAGUCGAUCCUGAUCGGUACAGUGUCAUGUACUUCAACAAACUCAACAUCCCCAUCGCAAACAUGUAUCUGGCACUUGCUUGCAGUGUUUCAUUGCUGUCGACUUUGUUCCUGUACGGAAUCUACCUCGAUCGACCCCUGAGGAUGGGAGAAACACACCUCAUCUCCUUGCAUGGACUCAUCGCAGUGGCCUUCGGGCUGACCGGGGCCCUGUUACUGAGAAUAACAGACAUCAGCGACUCCCUCCCGAAUCCAUGGGGGAAGUUGUACGUUCCAUCUGGGGUCUUGAUCACUAGUCACUGGGCUAGCUUUAUCACUCGUCAUACCACCUAUGUUGACCACGAUAUACUCUUGGCGUCGCUGGGUAUCAGCGUUCCUCUUUUCUUCGUAUUCUCUCGAGCGGCUCAAUACUACACAGUCAAGGACGCCCUGGCAAUAUCUGACGAGAAGCGCCCCGUGGAUAGUGGUUACAAAAGACUACAUCUAGAAUCCAUCAUUGAACAUGCCACGAUAUUCCUCCUGUCAUUGGGCUUCUCGGCUUUUAAUGGUACAAGUCCAUCGGAAACGGCACGCCUGGCCAUUUGCGCUUCUCUGAUACUACAGCUCAGAAACCCAGGGGACGAUCCUGUGUCUGGUGCAAAUGUGGACAAGAUGAUAAGUACUUUGGUCUCUCCGACCAAGCUGGUUACAUCUAGGCUUUUCAUCAUUUCCAUUACUGGAUGGUACGUUGGAAGCAAAAGUGACCCUAUGAAGGCUAUAUCGCCUCGUAUGACUCUUGGUGCGAUUGUUGCCAUGGCUUUCUACAUAUCAAAACCCUUGAUCACAUCCAAGCCAUGUCAGGGAAUUUCGGCACCUCGCAAGUCCAGGAGAACUCACACCAUGACGCUCCUCUAUGUCUUCUUCUGUACCUUGCAGGUUUUGAUGGUUUGGGAGUAUGCUGCCUUUGAAGAGGGCACAUCAAAGACCAGUCUUGGAUUCAAGAACUUCUGUUCUGUUCUGUCAGACCCAUUCACUUGGGUAGGGCUUUUGCACAUGGCUUCACUACCUAUUGUUGUUCUCAGGGGGGCUAGUGGACAGUAA